AUGGCCUUCAAACGGAGUGGAGGAGAUAAUGUUGAAUUUGAGCCUGAUCCUGCUACUUGGACAGCCUUGGAGGAGAAAUUUUUUAUUCAGUUGAUGGUUAAAGAGGUUCAGAGAGGAAAUAGAUCCGCUACAACAUUUUCAAGGAAAGGUUGGAAAAGCAUAGAGCAAGAAUUUCGUGAGAAAACUAACAAGAGGUACAACAACUCUCAAUUUAGAAAUAAGUUUAAUCAACUGAGGACCCGGUACCAUGAUUUUAGUAGACUUUUGAGAGAAUCUGGAUUUAGUUGGGAUCCUGUGCUGAAUACCAUCAUUGCAAAUGAAGCUGUAUGGGAUUCGUACAUUAAGGUGAACAAAAGUGCAAAGAGGUUCCGAAAAAAAGGAUGUCCUAUGUUUAAUGAGCUCGGGAUCAUAUUUGGUGAUCCAGCACAAUGCAAAGUUGUGUUCCCAUUGGCUCAGUAUCCCUCUGGUAAUGAAGAAAAAUUGGAACUAGAAGAUGCAUCAACCAACGCUACUCCAUCCGCAUUCCCAAGUGACAGUAGCGAUGAAAAGGACUAUUCCUCACCAAGUUCACGCCGUCGGAGAGAACGAUCUCCUACACCAACAAGCCAUAUUCAAGGGAAGAGGGAGUUCAGGACAUUAGAGAUGGGUGAAGCUCUGAAGGAGUGGGCAGAGGCUUCAAAGGCAAAGACACCAACCCUGAGCAGAUUCGAGGAAUCCUCACAAUGUAAUGCCUUCUCCAUUACCAACUGUGUGAGGUGUCUAGAAUCAAUUGAAGGUGUGGAUGGGAGUACCUACAUAAAGGCAAUCAAGAUGUUUAAGGAUGUAGACUGGAGGGAGAUGUUCAUGGCAAUGUCUGCUGAGAGAAGAUUGGUUUGGUUGGCUAGCUUAGAGUGA